AUGGAUGAAAUUAGUCAGCUGCUCGGCACCGUGGGGCGCGUCCGCAGUGACACCCUUUCAUCCGACGCCACACAGUCAACAGGAAGCAGAGUGGCUCUUCGCCAUCGGCUCAGCCAGCUAAUGACCUGCGUGGAUGACCUGGACCCCACAAACAGGCUGCAUGAGAAAAUGGUCAAGACCCUGGACAAUGCCGUCCUCGCCUGUGCUAAGAAGCCAAAGAAGGACGGCUUCAGACUUCACAUCGUGACGUGGAAUGUGGCCACGGCUGAGCCUCCAGAGGACGUGACUUCUCUUCUCCAUCUAGACUCAGCAACAAGUGCAGACGUCUUCAUCAUUGGUCUGCAGGAGGUCUACUCAGGACCUGUAAGGUUUAUAUCAGACAUGGUGUUCCAUGAUCCAUGGAGUCAAAAGUUCAUGUCCACUUUAGCACCGCUGAAUUAUGUGAAGGUGUCAUCCAUUAGAAUGCAGGGUCUGUUGCUGCUCUUCUUCUCCAAGCUGGAGCACAUCCCCUUCAUCAGAGACGUCCAGGCGACGUACACUCGCACGGGCUUCCUUGGUUACUGGGGUAACAAAGGUGGUGUGUCUGUUCGUCUGUCUUUUUAUGGACACAUGCUCUGCUUCCUCAACUGCCACUUGGCCGCUCAUAUGAACUACGCCACAGAAAGAGUGGAUGAGUUCGAGAACAUCGUGGACACACAGACGUUUGAUUGUAUGAAGGCUCCAAGAAUAAGAGACCACAGGCUGGUGUUCUGGCUUGGAGAUCUCAACUUUAGGAUACAGGACCAUGGCAUGCACUUCGUCCGCUCCUGCAUCAACAAUCAAACUUACAACUUGCUGUGGAACAGUGACCAGUUGAUCAUGCUGAAGAACAAAGAAGAGCUGCUGCAGGAGUUUGAAGAAGGACCACUGAACUUCCAGCCUACAUACAAGUUUGACUUGAAGUCAGAUCAUUAUGACAGCAGACUCUACAGGACAUGGUUUGACUUUAACAGUAAGAAGCGGAAACCUGCUUGGACUGACAGGAUUUUGUGGCGUGUACGACCCAAAGCUCUGCCUUCUGACGAGCAAGACGAGAACUCAGUUGGACCAAGUCAAGUGUCGAUCACACAGCAGGAUGAGGAUGAGGAGUACCCUCUGAAGCUCAGACAGGACUUGUACACCAGCAACAUGGAGUACAGCAUCAGUGACCACAAACCUGUCCUUGGCAUCUUCACACUAACGCUGAGGAAGGUGUACGACACUCCUCUGGUGCGUCUGCAGGCAGUUGGUGACUGGUCUGCAGACAUUGAUGCCGUGGUUCUCUACAGACCUCUGCAGCCGUUUCCCUCCAGUAACUGGGACUGGAUCGGACUCUACAAGGUUGGCUUCAGCAGCUUCUCAGACUACGUCACAUAUACGUGGGUCAAAGAUGACGAGGUGGCUGUCAAUGAGGAACAGAUGCAGGUGUUUGUCAGUAAAGAGGAUAUCCCUGUGAGAGGAGGAGCGUGUGUACUGUGCUACUACUGCAGCUCUCUGCACUGCAUCAUUGGAAUUAGUGAAACAUUUCAGGAGUGGACCUCCCAGCAGCUUUAUCCUGAAGUCAGACUGUGCAACGCUCAGUGA